ACGUACGCAAUUUUUUUCCGCUGUAAAAACAAACAGACGACCUCCAUUUCGCCUUCGCUGACCUCGAGAAACGUAUCACUCCAUAAAGCCGCAGCAGACGCCGACGAUGAACGGCGGGCCUUCCGGCUUCCAGAAUGCUCCGGUGACCAGGAAUCUUGUGAUUGCUUGUGCUUUUCUGACAGUACUAUUCGUGGCUCGAGGCCGUUCUGCUAGCCUUGGGUUCUCAUACCAGGAUAUCACCCAGAGGCUUCGGUUUUUGAGAAUCAUUGUUUCAACAUUCGCCUUCUCGUCAGUACCAGAGUUAAUGUUUGGACUUUAUUUGCUGUAUUACUUCAGAUUAUUCGAGAGGCAGAUAGGUUCUAAUAAAUAUUCUGUUUUUGUUGUGUUUUCUCUCUCGGCGUCACUGUUAUUCGAAGUUCUUGCCUUGGUGUUUCUAAAAGAGCGAACCACCAAAAUACUUGCUUCUGGACCUUACGGUCUUAUAUUUGCAUCAUUCAUACCGUUUUUAUUUGAUAUCCCAAUUUCAUCGCGAAUUCAUGUAUUUGGCGUACCUUUCAGUGACAAAUCAUUCAUAUACUUGGCUGGCCUUCAGCUUUUUUUGUCUUCCUGGAAGCGCUCUUUUGUACCUACCAUUUGUGGUCUACUUGCCGGUUCUUUGUAUCGACUCAAUGUGUUCGGCAUCCGAAGAAUUAAGUUUCCACAAUUUGUCGCAUCAUUCUUCAGUCGGUUUUCGCGGUCCGAUUCUCAAAGCUCACCACCCCGUGUCAGCAUCCGAAGGAAUGAACCAACAUUUGUGGAUCAACAUCUUGCGAGGAGUUUUGGAUCCACAACCACAUCAAUCCCAGAACCACCCGAGUCUUCCAUUGCUAUGCUCGUAUCAAUGGGCUUCGACAGCAACUCAGCCAGGCAAGCGCUCGUACGGGCGAGGAACGACAUCAAUGUUGCAACGAACAUCCUGCUCGAAACUCAGACCAGGUAACAUAAAUAAAUAAAUAAAAAAACUCAAAUUUAUUUAUCAUAAAAUGAGUAAAUGACAACAAAUAGACGACUCUCAAAUCAAAAUUCAA